CAGAAACUCUUCUCAAGCACACAGCUCUCAACUCAAAGCCUGACACCAUGGCCUGCUGUGCUACUAGCUUCUGUGGCUUUCCCACUUGCUCCACAGGUGGCACCUGUGGCUCCAGUUGUUGCCAGCCCAGCUGCAGCCAGUCCAGCUGUUGCCAGCCCAGCUGUUGUGAGAUCAGCUGCUGCCAGCCAAGCUGCUGCCAGCCCAGCUGCUGUGGUACUGGCAGUGGCCAGGAGGGUGGCAGUGGAGGCGUGAGCUGCCGUGUUAGGUGGUGCCGCCCUGACUGCCGCGUGGAGGGCACCUGCCUGCCCCCCUGCUGUGUGGUGAGCUGCACACCCCCAACCUGCUGCCAGCUGCACCAUGCCCAGGCCUCCUGCUGCCGUCCAUCCUACUGUGGACAGUCCUGCUGCCGCCCAGCCUGCUGCUGCUACUGCUGCCCACCCUGCUGCUCUGAGCCCAGCUGUUGAAAGCCUCUGGCAAGAAUCUUAGAAAGAUGACACUUCAAAAAGAACUAACUAGAACCCUAAAAAGAAAAAACUUCUAAAUUUCAGUAUUGAUAACUCAGCUAUUGCCACGGCUACAUAAUUUUCCAGGAGGUAAAUUCAUUUGGGGUGGAAGAGCCAGCAUCUGUGUUAGCUUGAACAAAAGGUCCACAGUGUGAAGAGGGUUGUAUAAUUCAUUAUUAUAAAUAUUAUCAGAGCUACUUCAGUAGCCAAUUGGGAUUUGUAUUUAAUAAAAAAUAUUUUGUCUCUUC